GCAAGACCAAGAAGCGAGUGCGAAGAAAUCAAUUGGUUUACACAAGCUUGUUAAAAAGACAUUGGAUAGUUGUUGGACUUACUUUCACCACACUACGGAAUGAUUGGUACGUGUCCUUGCAAAGCAUUUCGAAAUGUUCUGGUAUUCACGUCGAGUGAACUUGGGAUCGAUUGCUAUCCAUUUCUAUCACACGUGCCCGUCAGUUGUACCGUGUACCAACUAACAUCAUAAUUAGUUCAAGUCAUGUUUCUUAUGGCAUUAUCGAGAGUUCUUCUAACGGUUAAAGUUUUUCUGCUAAGAAUCUAUGUGCUUCUGGUGUGGAAUGUGUUAACAUUCUAUCAGAUCUUACGUAAAAGGCGGGAAUCCUGGAUUCAUAUAUCUGACUUGCGUGUAAUUUAUGAAAGUAAUGGCUUCCUAGUCAUAAACAAGCAUCCUGAGUUGCUUAUCAAUUGUACAAGUCCAUGGAUCAAUUGUUUGACUUUGCAAAUGCAGUUAUUCUACAAUCGUCCACAUUAUGCCAACUGGAAACUGAAAAAUAUGUUUCAUUUUGUCCAUCGGUUGGAUUGCCCAACAAGUGGUUUGAUAUGCAUUGCAUAUGAUACGAAAGCUGCAAGCAUUAUAAGACGUGCAUUUGAGAAAAAAGAAGUUAAGAAAUAUUAUUUAGCUAUUGUCUGGGGAUAUGUUGGCUCAGUGCAAAACUUGAAUUUAUCAUCGUUUGUUAAACACGAAUCGAAAUGUGUAUAUCACAUUCAAAUGCCACUUGGUUCCUUUCGAUAUUUUUGGCCCGAUAGUGGACGUAAACAAAAGAUAGUCGUUCCAGAAACACACCCAGAAUGUCAUAGACCACGUGAAUGUUCUACAACGGUUGUUAUUCUUGGUUAUGGAAAGUUGAUGGGCGAACCAGCCACCCGCGUACUUCUUAUUCCUAAUACUGGACGUCGACAUCAGUUACGUGUACAUUGUGCAGUAGCCUUAGGUCAUCCAAUUGCUGGAGAUAUCACCUACGUACGUCGUCCAUUUGAUCAUCCUGAUAUACAUUACAUGAAUGAUAUUUAUAAAAGUCAUAAUACAAACUUGGAUCAUAAAUUAAAGCGUAUGAUGUUGCAUGCAUAUUGUAUGGAAAUGAAGUUGCGAAUAAAUAGUGAUGGUGAUAGCAUCAAGUGUCGAAAAAAGCAGCUGGAGGAAAAAUAUUUUGAAUUUAAAACAAGUGAAAACCCGUUUUUUGAUGCAAACGACGUCUGUCUCUGGUCGAAAGAAGAGAAUUUAUUAACACAGAUGACGAAGUGCACAUUGCAGGAAUGUAUCAAAAAUAUCAGCAUUUCACAUGUAUACUACGACAGUAAUAAUUGUGACCGUUUCUUAUAAACUUAACUUGUGUAUACGUUUGGUAGAUAUUCCUAAUAUUUUUCUAGUUUCCCGAAAUAUAAUUGAGCGUUGUAUGUGGAUGUGACAGUGCAAACAGAGUAU